CCAAAUCCUCAAUUCUAAACUUUCUCAAAUCCCUAAUUCCAACCAAUUAAUCAACUCAACAAAUGGAGUAUCGCCGCUUGAACAUCACCCUCCUCUCCGCGCAGGGCCUCAAGGACGUCAACCACUUCUCCAAAAUGGACGUCUACGUCGACGUCUCCAUCGCCGGCUACCCCCAAUCGAUGCAGCGCACCCUCGUCGACAAGAACUCCGGCACUUCCCCCAAAUGGAACCACCGCAUGGAGUUCGUGGUCGACGAGCCCUACCUCACCAAGCCCGGCCUCUCCCUCCUCUUCCAGCUCCGCACGCAGAGCACCAUCGGCCCCGACAAGGACAUCGGCGCCGUCACCGUCUCCGUCCACGACCUCUUCCGCCCCGACUCCGCCGCCGCUGACCGCACCGUCGACCAUCAGGUCAUCACGCCCUCCGGCAAAUCCAAAGGAACCCUAAAAUUCGCCUACAAAUUUGGGGAUAAAUUCACCCACCAGGUUGCGGAGCCCAAGCGCGCGGCGGAGGAGCCCGUCACGGCGUAUCCGCCGCCGCCGCAGUAUGCCUACCCGCCCGCGCAGCAGCAUCCUGGGUACGGGUACGGAGGGUAUCCAACGACGAGCGGGUAUGGGCAAGGGUACCCAGCUGCUCCGCCGGCGGGAUAUGCGGCGUACGCGCAGCCGCAGAAGCCGAAGAAGAAUAGGAUGGGCGGUGGAUUAGGGUUGGGAUUGGGGGCGGGAUUGCUGGGAGGAUUGUUGGUGGGAGAUAUUGGCGAAUCGGCGGCUUAUGCUGAUGGUUACGGCGAUGCCAUGGGCGAUAUGGGUGAUUUUGAUUUCUAGAUGAUUUGUUAUUCAUUUCUUUCUUACUUUUCUUCUUUAUUUUGUUUCUGCAUAAGAGUGGAUGUUUAGCUAUUGUAUAUAUGAAUUAAAUCUGAUAAUGAUAUCCAGUUUUCUUUA